AUGAAUAGUGUGUUUAAGUGCAGACAACAUAAUUAAGUGGCUAUAUACAUAAAUGUGAAACCAUAAGUCAAAGAACCAGUUCUCUUGUGUUAGAGAUGCAUUCUAUCUAAAAAUUACACAGCUAAAUUGUUAGAAGAAUUUUUAUUAUAAGCCUAACCAAUAUUGGGAUAGUAUUUGUCUUAAGAUAUCCUUGAUUUUGGUUUUAAUAAAAAGUAAUUUGAAGAUUCAAUAGAGAAAUUAAGAGUAUUUUUAUAUGAGACAUUUAAAACGAGGAUUAAUUCAUUCAUAUAAAAAUUAAAAUUUCAAUUUGAAGAAUAAAAAUAAAUACUUCAAUACAUUAAAAAUUAAAUUAUACACUAUUAAAAAUGUGGAUAAAAUUAAACAUUUCUUUUAGAUGAUUAAAUUGAAGAUUAAUUAAGAUAUUAUUUAACUAAUUAAAAAUCUAAAAAUCCAAAACAAAAGUAAAUUGAUUAUUUAUAUGGAUAAUUAUGUUCAACAGCAACAUAACCUCCAUUUAUAAAUAUACCUUAAAUUUAAGAAGAUUUCCAUGAAAUUUUAGAUUAAUUUGAAGAUAAAAUCAAAUUAUCUAAAUAAUUAGAAUAUCCUAAUUUUAAAAUUACUAUAUUUUCUCCAGAAGAAGCUUAAAAUAUUGAUAUAGAUGAUUUUAAUAUUUCUAAAACUCUAGUAUUAAAUAAUUGUUAUCCAUAAUUAACAACAUUAACAGAUUCUAUAGAGAAAGUUGAAUUAAUUUUAGAUAAACCAAUUGAUUUAAUUGGAUUCAGUAAAUAUUAAUAGUUGAAGGAAUUAUUUAUAAGAUUUGAUAAAUGUAAUGUAGGUAUAACUAGAUAAAUUAUGAUUCCUAAUCUUUAGAAAUUGACACUUGAUUUGAAAGGGAAUAAAUUAACUAAAUUUGAUUAAUUAGUAGUUCCAGAUACAAUUAUAGAUUUUACAUUAGAUUUAUCAUUAAAUUGUUUAGAUGAAAAUUGUAUUUAUUAUAUUGGUAAAUAUUAAAUAUUAAAAAUUUAUAGGUUAAACUAUUGAUAAUUUGAGAUUACAACGUUUGUCAUUAAAUUUUAAUGGAUUUAGUUAAUAUCGAAAUAGUAUAUGGAGUACAGGUAUUUUGUUAGUAAGAAUUAUUUAAAGGUUUAAUUUAAUUGUGUAGAAAUCUAUUCUCUUAAUAGUUGAGAAUUUUACAUCUAGGUUGUGGAAGAUGUAGUAUCAAUGAUGUAGGUCUAGAGUUUGGAAUUGUUAAAUUAUUAAGUAAAUAAAGAUAAUUGGAAGAAUUAAAAUUAGAUUUAUAUUCUAAUGAAAUUACUAAUUUAGGGGAAUUAGCUAAAGUAACAUAUUUAUAUAUUUACAAUAGGCUGUUACUUCACUUAAGGAGGUCAAAGUAAAUGCUAAUCAAAAUCCGUUGUAAAACUAUUUGCAUCUUGAUCCACUCAUUUUUUCAACUUUAAACUGUGAAUAAUUUAAGAGUAUUAAAAAAAAUGAAUAAUCAUGAUAAUUAUAAAUUGCCUUCAUUAACAAAUUCAGAAUAAUCAAUUUAAAAUCAUUUCAAAUUAUUCUCUUAACCUGUAAGAGAGACAUGGUAUCAAAAAAAUUCAAUAGAGAAUAAUUCUUCAAAUUAAAUUGACAUUAAUGAUCUUCCUAAUUUUGAGAUUAAUUCCCCUGAUAAAUAAUAAUACCAUUCAUAAUUUGAUCAUGAAUUUCCUCCAUUAGAUUGUUCAUUCAAAUAGGAAAAGCUUAGUUUUUAACCUAAAUAAUAGUAACAAGAUCAAUAAUAAAAUAUAGAAUAUUCAUAUAAAAAGAACAGUAACAAAGUUUCUGAAACAUAUUUUAUUGAUAAUUAGCCUUAAUAAUUAUUCAAAUAGGAAUCAUCAUAAUUUUAUUAGAUUCAAGAUGAACCAAAACAGAGACUUAACUUUUUGUAUUUAAAUUAAGAAUAAAUUUCUCCUUAAAAAAGUCGUUAAAUUAAUUAUGCUAAACCUUAGAAAGAAUUAACACCUGUACAUUAGAAAGUACAUAGUAAAUCAAAGUCUAAAACUCCAUAGAAGAAGCAAAACCAUUAAGAUUCAUAAAAUCUAAAAUAUAUCAUAUUAGAAACUAAUGUUUCAUCAAAUAAAAAGAAAUUUAUUUGUUAAAACCCUGCCCCAAGUUAUAUUAUAUUAGAUUUUACAGAUAAGGAAAAUCCAAAAUCAGUAUCUAAAUAAACAAUGUAAGUAUAACUUAGUUUGAAAGAUUUAAUGUAUUGA